AAUCGUUGAAGUAUAUAUUACAGAAAGUGUACAAAAUUUAUAGUAUUGGCUCAGUUUGUAUAAGGAACAGUUCUUAUAAAUUAUGUCGAGAUUUUAUUGUGUGGUCGCUGUUAUCUUCACCAUGUGUCAUGUGGUAAAUGCAGGAAGUCUUACGCGGCAAUGUCAUGCUUCAAAGGGAACAUGCGCAAAACAAGGAAGUACUUGUAAAACGGCUUUCGGACCAGAAUGGACAAAUAUAGGAAAAUGUUGUAGAGGUGGACAAUGUUGCAAAUUUCAAUGUGAAGAUCUUCAACCUCAACAAAAUGGAAAUGUUUCUGUGAGUGGUAGAGACAUUGGGGAUGUUGCCAAUUUUUCAUGUAAAUGCCGAUAUACUUUACUAGGAAGUCAAUCACUCAGAUGUACAGACUCCGGGUGGGAUGGUGAUAUUCCAAUAUGUCAUGCAUGUCCAUUCACCCGAUUUUCUUUUCAUGACAAAAGCUACCUUUUAGUUUGUGAUCAGGCAUCUAUGCCCUUUGCAUUGAGCGCAUGUAAACAAUUUGGUGGCCAUCUUCCAUCUUUGGAAACUAGGGAAGAAAGCAACCAUCUGAAACGUAUAGCUACAUUGAUCAACAGUUCACAUGACUGGUGGAUAGGUCUCCAACACAAUAAUACGGAAGGCACGUUUAAUUGGGUUUCUGGUCAACCUUUGACAUACACUGACUGGUAUCAAGGAACACCGAUUCAACCAGAUAAUAAGAAUAAAGCUGGAGCUGGACCUGCUAAUUGUGCUGCAUUAGUUUUUUCUUACCAAUAUCAAUGGGGUGAUGAAAACUGUGAUUCCCCAAAACAAAUAAUUUGUGAAUCUAGGCAGGCAGACCCAGGCUUAUUAUUAUCACUGCCAUUUUUCACAUUAAGGCGUGCCUGCUUACAUGUGGAAUAUUACAGUGAUACUUCAUAA